AUAGCAUCAGUAGUGUAAAUCGCCGGAGAGUUCCUUCGUCAUGAUUAUUAAGGCCGCCGUAUUAUUUGUCUUGCUGAUAGCAGUGGCCGCCAGACAGUCAUACCAAGGAUAUAAAGUGUAUGAAGUGGAACAGAAAACUAGGAAUCAAGCUGAUUUCUUGUAUCAACUGGAACAAUCCAAUGCCAAUUUGGACUUUUGGCAUCUGGGCAAGCAACUGUACGACAAUGCGCAAGUAUUGGUUCCGCCACAAGAGCAACGCUCCUUUGUUGCUGAUUUAAUGCGAAACGGGUUUCAGUUCAAUGUGCUGAUUAAUGAUAUUGAAAGCACCAUCAACGAGUACGAAGCUGCAGUGCCAAGAAAGUCAACGUCUGCUGAAGAUAAGAUAUUGCACAACUAUUUUCGUCAUGCAGAUGUCAACCAAUAUCUAGAUGAGCUGGCCGAGAAAUAUUCACCAAACGUUAGCGUUGAGCAGAUUGGAACUUCCUACGAAGGCCGUUCAUUGAAAACCAUUACCAUUAACGCCAACGAAGCAAAUCCGGUGAUUUUCCUGGAUGCUGGCAUCCAUGCUCGCGAAUGGAUCGCUCCUGCUACUGCCCUCUAUGUGAUCAACCAGCUGGUCGAACACGCAAACGAAAAUUCGGAUGUCCUGUCGAAUGUAACCUGGGUUAUCCUGCCGGUAGUAAAUCCCGAUGGGUACGAGUACACUCACGAGCAUGAUCGUUUUUGGCGCAAAACUCGCAAACCAGCAAGUAAUUGCAAGGGUACAGAUGGAAAUCGUAAUUUUGAUUUCCAUUGGGGAGAAGUUGGUGCUUCGACUUCCGCCUGCGCAGACACCUAUCGGGGAGACACUCCAUUUUCCGAACCGGAGACGCAAGCCAUUAGGGAUACACUGAUCAAAUUGAAGAACCGCUGCAAAUUUUAUCUUUCGCUUCACUCCUAUGGCAACUACCUGCUCUAUCCUUGGGGAUGGACAAGCGAACUUCCCGAUACGUGGAAAAACAUAGAUGAUGUAGCACAGGCAGGAGCAGACGCUAUCAAGGAGGCAACCGGAACUCGUUAUACGGUAGGUAGCUCGACUAACGUGUUGUAUGCAGCUUCUGGGGGUAGCGAUGACUGGGCAUUAGCCGUAGCUGGUGUUCCGAUCGCGAUCGUCAUGGAGCUGCCCGGUGGCGGUUUCGGUGGUUUCAAUCCACCUGUGAGGACUAUCGAGGACAGCGUAAAGGAAAGCUGGAUAGGAAUCAAAGCAAUGGCACUUAAAGUUUUAGAGGUUUAUUAAAAGUUCUGGCAUUAUUUGUGUUAGUAAAAAUUGUUCCUAGAUCCUAGUUACUCAUUUUUGUAAUUAAAUCAUUAUCCUCUCGAUGAAAGAGGGACCUACUAGGUAUAUGUGAGGCAUUUCCAGCGAUUAUUACUGUGAGAACUAGCAGAAUCAAUAAAUAAAACUAUGCAAAUUUCAUAAACUCGGUUCAACCUACAUAAGCUC